GUAGUUCAAAAAGUAUGGCGGAACUUCCGGUACAAAAAAUGUGAAGAAUAUUCUACAUAAGUGACGAUAUCUUCGUUAAGAUCUGAUACAUUUGAUAAAGUUGUAGUCUAGAUCUAACUAAUUAUUUCUACCAUCAUCACCAUCUAAAAUUAACAAUGGAGCUUCAGACGGCUGGGCCUGUAGUUCUGGAGACACUCAUAGCUGCUUGUAGUCAGAAUGCUGAAGAAAUGCAUCCUGCUGAGCAACGACUCAAACAAUGGGAAACACAGCCUGGAUUCUAUACAAUCCUUGUAUCUGUGCUAUCUGACCACUCCUUAGAUGUCAAUGUAAGAUGGUUAGCUGUACUUUACUUCAAGAAUGGCAUAGACAGAUAUUGGAGGAAGACUGCACCUGGCGCAAUACCAGAAACCGAAAAGACUUCACUAAGAACACAGCUGAUUUCUAAGUUUAAUGAACCAGUUGAUCAGAUUGCUGUGCAGAUUGCAGUAUUGAUAGGCAAGAUAGCCAGAUUAGACUGCCCCAGGCACUGGCCUGAGCUGAUGCCUACAUUAUUAGAAGCUGUAAAGUGUAAAGACACAUUUAUUCAACAUAGAUCCAUGCUGACUUUGUACCAUACUAUUAAGGGGCUUGCUUCGAAGCGUUUAGCUAUGGAUAGGAAGGUCUUUGAGGAGUUUACUACAAAUGUGUUUGGUUUUAUCUUGACACUUUGGAACUCUCAGAUGGAGGAAUUCUUACAUUCUGUUGAUAAUGCAGAGACUUUGGAGCAUAAACAGCUGUUUGUUCUUAUGGCUCACAGUCAUCUUACAUUGAAAGUUGCAAGAAAGCUCUGUGUAUUUGGAUUCAAAGAUACCUCAAAGAAUGAACAUUUAGCUUCAUUUCUAAACAUGGUCUUCAAAAGACUUAAGACCAUGCUAGACAUUAAAUUCGCUUUAUUUCAAAUCUCCAAUGAACUUCAGCCAAAAAGGGAGAAAAUGAUUAUAUUGCUUUCUAAAGUGUUAUUAGAUGUCCAGGAAACAUAUUCUCAUGCCUACAUUCCCUGGAUUAGAGAAAGUUUGGAGCUAACAGUGCAAUACAACUUUGGUGAACAAAGAGGCCUGGUGUUUGAUAGAUUUACGGUGAAUUGCUUCAAUCUUAUUAGAGCGAUACUUCGCAGUGAUGCAUACAGGCCAGCUAAAGUGAUAUCAGAGACAGAAAAUCCCAAAAUUAUCGAAGCAUAUAAAACAAAAGCUGAAUUCUUCACAUACAACACACUGGCAGAAAUCUGCAAGAGAAUUGUGUCCCAGUAUUUCCUGCUGUCAUCUGAAGAUCUGAACUGUUGGGAUACGUCCCCUGAAGAAUAUAUAUCUGAUGAAGGCGGAGACUCCUGGAAGUUUAGCCUGAGGCCUUGUACAGAGAAUCUCUUCCUUAGUCUUAUUAAAGAAUACAGAAGCAGCUUAACCCCUGUCGUGUUGGAGAUAAUCCGUGAGUGCCAUGGCCCUAUAGAUCCUGAUGAUGUCACGGCAGUGUUACGGAAAGAUGCAGUAUACAACUGUGUUGGCCUUGCAUCGUUUGACUUGUAUGACGAUGUAGACUUUGACCAGUGGUUCAACACUUCUUUAAUACAGGAGCUCAAGAUUAAGCAUUCCAACUAUAGAAUAAUCAGACGAAGAGUAAUUUGGCUGAUUGGUCAAUGGGUGGGUGUGAAAAUGUCCCCAAAUCUGAGGCCAGCUCUGUAUGAAAACAUACUCCCUCUAUUGGCAGACACUGAAGACAUGGUUGUGAGGAUAGAGGCUGCAGACACUCUCAAGACUUGUGUGGAUGAUUUUGAAUUCAAGGUGGAAUCAUUUUUACCUUAUUUGGAGUCCAUGUUUGGGCUACUAUUUGGUUUGCUAAGACAAGUUGAGGAGUGUGAAACCAAGAUGCAUGUUCUAAAUGUGAUGUCAUUUGUAAUAGAGAGAGUCGGUGUUGAGGUGAGGCCGCACUCCCAUGCACUGAUUCAGUAUCUCCCCCUUCUCUGGCAGGAGUCUGAAGAUCACAAUAUGUUGAGAUGUGCCAUUUUGACAACUCUUGUGCAUUUAGUACAGGGUUUAGGAACCUUAAGUGUUUCAAUGUACAACUUUCUGCUACCUGUGAUACGACUGAGCACUGACGUCCAUGCUCCUCCACAUGUAUACCUAUUGGAGGAUGGCUUGCUGUUAUGGCUUGCUACUCUACAUACAUGUCCCACUAUUACCAUGGAGCUGUUGCAACUGUAUACAAACAUGCCAGAAUUAUUAGAGCUGGGAUCUGAUACAUUGAGGGUGUGUUUAAAGGUGAUAGAGGCCUACCUGCUCUUGGCCCCUAAUGAGUUCAUCAAAAUGUACAACAAUAGUCUGCUGAACUCUCUAGUCAAUAUGUUACCAGAAAUGAGAUCUGAAGGACAAGUCAUGGUGUUAAAGUUGGUUGAACUUGUUUUCAAAUUGUUUCCAUCUGAAGGUCCUCAGUUAUUCAGUCCAAUCCUACAUGGUUGUUUAGAGGGCAUGUUGGACGGUGAGGAAAUCCCUAUGGUGAUGGCAAUGCACAUAUCCCUAUUAGCCAGGACACUACUACAAAAUUCAGAGUAUUUCUGGAGUUUUCUAGAACAGUUCGCCAAGUCUUCCAAUAAUCAAAGUAAUGUGAUAUUAGAAAGCUACCUAUCUGUCUGGGUGGAAAGAUUAGACAACAUAACUCAGUCUGGUAGAAGGAAGCUCAGUGGUCUAGCAGUUGCCUCAUUAUUGACUUUUGACUUGAGGCCUGUUAUUGAUAAAUUCCCAGAUCUCAUCAACAUAUGUGUAGAGGUCUUGCAUGAUGUUUGUAACAAACAAGAGGAUGAGGAAUAUUCUGAUUGCCUGGUGAUAGCAGAUGAUGUCCUAGAACUCCCUGAAGAUGCACUCGAUACGGAACAUGACAAAAGAAAACGUAAUAUAUCAAAAAGAGACCCAGUGCACUCUGUAUCAAUUAAGGACUAUCUGAUGUCACAGCUUCAAAUGUUACAGACAGUUAAGGGAACGGCAGAAUUUGAUAGAAUAAUGGCAACUGUGGACACUGAAAUUCUUGCCCAACUUAAGGAAUUUAUUCACUGAUAUAAGAUAUGGUACAUUGGACCUACUCGUAUGUUGUUGGGGAUGAUUUUACUAUGAUUUCAAGUCUUUUGUUUCAAGUCUCACUAUAGAGGAACCUUUGUAAGUUGCCUCUCUAAAUGGACUUCCUUUGAUGGACUCUUGGUAUAAUGACCUAACUUCCAUUUGGCUAUACUGAUUGAUUUCAUUCUGCAUUCUGUAUAAGCUUGAAACUCACAGUAGUAUAUGUCAUGUAUGUACCUACUUGAAUAUCCUGAAUUGCCUUUUGGUUGGACCAACAGAAGAUUGAAGUAAAAAGUACCCUAUUUUAGGGACCUUGCCUGAUUUAGAAAAAAAUAUUCUGAGGUUGUAUUGUGAAAAACAUGAUCCAGUUUAGUCAGAAAAAUAUAUUUUGUUCAGAGUAAAAAUUUUCCCCCUCCAAAGUAUAAUGCUCUGUCUCUAAUAUUGUGUCUUUCGUAAAAUAUGACCAAGAAUUUUCUUACCUUUGUCAAGAUAAAUCCAAGUCAGAGACAUUUUUCCAACUGUAUGAAUUUUCGGGGUGAAUAAUACCUGAGUAUAGAUAGGGUCAUAUACAAUGAGAUGUUUUC